AUGCCGAUGUUAUCUAUAUCAGGUUUCCAUGUCUGGUCAAGCAUCAGGUUGAACCCAAUGGAGGUUUUCCACUUGUAUGACAUCAGCUCAAUCACCUAUAACAAAAACAUUGAAAGAAUUAUCUCUCCAAUGGUUGCUCAGCUUUGCCAUUUAAUUAUCUCAAUGGAGAGGAGACAAGUGGAGAAUGAAGCUUUUGCUGGUAUAGGGGCAAUGGCAGAGGAUUUGGCAAAAACUAGUGAACAACUGGCACAUUCUGCAAGAAGGUUGGCAGAAGAGUCUGAUGAGGAGGCAUUGAAAGAGGAAAUGGUUCCAGCAGCUGAAUCUCUACUCUUAUCUGGGAAGAACAUAUUACUAGUAACUCAAAAACUCCAUAUGCAACCAGAUAAUCAAUGCCACAAGGAAGAGCUCAUCAUUACAGCUCAGAAGAUCUUGGUGGGAACAUUAAAGAUUCUCCUUACUGAGGAUGAUGUGACAAUGAGGAAAAUCAUUCAAGCAGCUUCCUGGUGUCUGAAUUGUCUUGAAGCCCUGGAGGCUGCAGGGGAUGUUUCUUCUGGGCAAGCUUUCUUCCAGGAUUUCUCUGAAGGCCUACUUUUUCUGAACACCAUGACUGAACAGCGCCUGCUGGAACUGAAGUGGUCAAUCCAUCAUGACUCUCUAGCUCAGUGCCUACAGAUCUUGAAGAAGUGUAUUCCUCUACUUUAUACAGCCAGAAGUGGGAGCCUCAGUCAUUCCCAGAACCAGCAAGGGAGAGAGUCCAGGAGCUACGUUUUUGAUCUGACCAAGAAAACCCUUGAAGAACUGAUUACCCUGUUAAAUGCAGAACGUAAACCACAGAGGAAUCUCCAGGAAAGAAGUGGAGUGUUCUCUCAGCACCUGGAGCAGCUUCUGAUGCUACUGGCUGAGCCAACAGUAGAAGCUGUCCUGCAGGGGGAUCUAGAUUCUCUCUUAGGAGUGGUUGUAUUUCACUGCAUGCUCCUAGCUGAAUCUUCCAGACCUCAACUGAAGCUGAAGUUAGUCCAAUGCUGCCACUGUCUGUUGGAGCUUAGAAAUAUGAUUACUCAAUGCCUGAGCAGGCUGGAGAUCCUAUCUCCAGGGGACUGCUCAGAUCAGGAACUGAGGGAGAAAUGGGCCAUGUUGAAGUGUGAGGUGAAUAUUCUUGCCCAAACCAUGCAGAUUGGGCUCCUCUACCAGGUUCUGGAUACUUUCACAGAUGUUCAAGGACCUCUGAAAAGGCUGAUUCAAGCCUCUUGGGGGAUUAUGGUGCUUGGCUCUUCCUGGGACAGUGAAGGGUUUGCCAAAAGUCUCCAGCCUUUUAUUGAUGCUUUCUGCAUGCAUUCUGAAAAAAUGUUCAAAGUGGCUCAUUUAGUUUUGGUCCAUUGCACCCACCAUCAAAUUGGUAAAGAAAUAGAGGAAGCCAUGUCUAGCCUACAAAAGCUUCGGGCCAGAGUGCUUUCUCUUUUCACCAAGGGUUAUGAAGGGCAGGAUCUAGCCUGGGUUUCUGAUACCUUCCAGGGUGAGUACCAGGCAUGGGUCCAGGCAGCAGAAGGCUUGUUGGCAUGUUUUGAUAAUGUUUUCAACAUCUCUGAAUUCUUGACUAUGUCCAUUGAGGAAAUGACAGAACACACAGGUUUCUCUGAAUGGGCUCUGAACAGUGGAAAUUCCAAGGAAUUUUCCUGGCAUGUAGCUUAUCUUCAGGGUCGAGCUAAGCACAUAGUGCAAGUGAUGAACAGAUAUGUGGACCAAAACCGAGAUCCCAUUUUUCGGAAUGGUUUGAGAGUUUUAAUUCAGCAAUUGGAGAAUUCCAUUCCAGUAGUAAUAGCAGCUGCUGAGCACUGUUUAGAAAACAAGAAUUAUAUCCAAGCCAAGGAUGUGUUUCUCAAUAAGGUCAAGCUUCUUAUUGACUCCACUCAAAGUGUCCAAGAUGGACUGGAUGGGACCAACCAUCCGGAUAUCUUAAGCCCACUGCGAAACCAAGUUCAUAAAUCCAUCACUCCUAUAGAACAACUGUGCCUUACUCCUCACAGCCUCUUAGAGUUCAGCAGCCUAGAACCCAUGAGCAAACUCAUUGGAGGGCAUAAGAUAGAUGAAGACUUCUCAGGCACUUCAAAUGAUUCUAGGGAAUGUCAUUCUAGGAAUAUUUCCACACUUGACCUUAUGGAUCCUAAGAUCAUUCAACAGGGGAUACCACUAUCUGUCAUCAGGAAACUUGUUCUGGCUGUAGAGAAACAUGACCUCCCAGCAGUCAGUUCUGCUUGCACAGAAUUGCUGGAUCUUGCUAAUUGUACUGAUGCUGCUCAAAAGGUCUUGAUGGGGGAAAAGUCACCAGAGUCAGAGAUUAUAGUAGAAAGACAAGACAUUAUCUCCCUAAAACCUUAUACAACUGACUUAGCUAAAGAAAUUGCAAAUGAACCAGGCUCUAGAACAGGGAGGGUGCUCAAAGCAGCCCUCCAGCUGUCUGAAAAGAUUGCUGAAAGCCACCAAAGUUUAGCAGCCAUAGCUGGUGAUUGGUACUAUCUCUCUCAGCAACUGUUUUGUGACAUCCAGACUUCUGACCUUCCAAGGAAUGUGCAGAUCUUUAGUGAAGUUAGGCAGAACAUAAAGGAUGUGGCUCAGCUAGCAGACAAAGCUGGACGGAUGCCUCUGAAUAAAGAGCCUCCUUUAUCAAUCCAGAAUCCAGAACAAUUGCUCCAGAUUCAAGCUAAACUCAAGAAAGUGGAAACUCAUGCUAGGCACUUACUGGACAAGGUGUUAGAUUCAAAUGGUUUCCAGACUAUUAAGACAGGGGAAACAAGCAUCAAGGGGAUCUGCCUUUUGUGGUCAGUGGCUGUCCAAGCCUUGUUAAAGGGCAUCGAUGGCUUCAUUGGUAGAGACAUCCUGUUCUUAAAAGAGCUGAGGCAGGUGGUAAAGGACAAGAUGGGUUUACAGGAUGUGAUGGCCCCCCUGACUAACACUUCUUUGAGAUUACAGGAAGCUGCAAGACUAUCUGCUUUGUUGUGUGGUGAUGAGAGAGUGAAGGGGGAGGUGGUUUUGCUACAGGGGGAGGUCCAUGUGCUGACAGAAGCUCUAGUAGAGGUGGCCCAGAUCCUUGCCUUGUCUCCUCCCUUGGCACCCAAUCUGUCUAUUCGUUUUGAACUUCUCCAAAGGGAACUUGCCCUUCAAGCCAAAGUCCUGGUGGCCUAUCUCAGUAGCAUCAACAAAAACUAUGAAAGGACCAUACAGGAUACCAUUCAGCUAGCACUCUCUGCUUCCAGGGCUUCCAAAGAUGACAAGACAAAAGUCAAAGCUGCUCUGGGAAAGAAUAUGACCCAGAUCACCUCUUGUAUCCAGACAAUUCAGAAAAUUGUGGAGGAAGGUCUGGAGUCUGGGCCCAGCCAGGAAAGUCUCCGAAGAGUAAUGGAGCACCUCAUCUUCCUCACUGCUGAGGUUGGACAGAAAUCCCACAUGCUUCUGGAACACCCUCAGGAUAAGGUAGCUGGGAUGCUAGAGAGUCUUCAGUGGGAAUGGGCAGCUGAGGCUCAUUAUGUGACAGCCCAACUCCAAGUAUGGAGAGAUAGCCAAGCCCCAGCCCUGCAGCUCCUAGAGCAAGACUUGCAGACCAGUGUUACAUCUUUUGGGACUCCAAGUCAAGAUCCUGACCUGACCCUGCCCAGUAAGGAAGAGGGUCACACAGAGGCAGAAGUAGAUAAUAUAAUACAUCAGGCUACAUCUUCAAAAGGAAUCUCAGACCCAGGUGGUUCAGAGGAGCCUUGCCCUGACCUGAAGGGUCUUGGUUGUGUGGCAGCUUCCAAGGAGUAUCUGGGUGAGCUAACUAGCAAGUCCUAUGGUGCCUCUCCUUGCUGUCCAACUGAGCCAAGCCCUGACCUAGACCGUCCAUUUCUGAGGGAUGAUGCCAUGGAGAAGUGGAAGGACAGCGGUAAUAGAAUUGAACAGCUCACCAGGGAAAUGGCCACAGAAGUGUUUCACAUGGCCCAGAGUCUGAAGAGGAAAGGUCCCAUAAUGACCAAAGACCAGUUAAUUGCCUCUGCAAAGAAAACAGCCUCUUCUGGACACUUGUUUGCUAAAUUCAUCCGCCUUGUUGCUAAGAACUGCCUGGAUCAGAGGUGUGCAGAUGAACUCUUGUGUGGGUUGGAGCAAAUUGAGACAAUGAGUAGCCAACUCAACAUCAUUUCCAGUGUAAAAGCAGCUCUAGCAAGCAGCAAGUCCUCGGAAGAGCUCCUUGUGAACAAUGCCCAGAACCUCCUUCAAGGUGUUUUACAGACUUUAAAGGCAGCAGAAGCAGCAUGUCUCCGGGGCUUAAGGGAGCCUCCCCUAGAUGCAGAUGAACAAGAAGUAGCUGCCUUCUGCAUGCAGUGGAAAAGAGAGUUGCUAAAGCACAGAUGCCAAGAAGCAUCGAAUCCAGACAGAGAUGAGUCUGGACUACGCAAGACAAGGGCAAUCAAGGCUCCCACACUUGUGUCCAUGGUUCAAGAACCGUGGACCACUUUAACCUGAAAAUCAAAUAUUUUCCUGGUGAUACCAUUUAUUAUCCACCAAGAUCUGGUACCCAGGGCAAGGUACAGAUCACUUCCCUGAUCAAAAACCUUAAGUGGCUCCCUAUAGAAGAGAUUCCUUAGCCUGACAUUUAAGGUCAUCUUCAAUUUGACUCUCCCUAUAUUCCCAACCUUAUUUCAUAUAAUUCUCUUUAAGAGGGUUAUCUCUUAUUCUAUUUGGGAUAGCUGGGUAGCACAGAGGAUAUAGUGCCAGGCUUGGAGUCAGGAGGUCUUGGGUUCAAAUCUGGCUUGAGGCACUUCCUAGUUGUGUCACCCUGGGCAAGUCACUUAACCCUGACUGCAUAGCCCUUGACAUUUCUUCUUCUUAUAAUUGAUAAUAAGACAGAAGGCAAGGGUUAAAACAAAAAGACUCUCUUCCAACUAAAUUGAACUGCUAACUAUUGGCCAAACAUGACAGUCCAUUUCUCAUAUCCACAUUUGUUAAAUGCUUACUAUGUGUCAGACACUGUUCUUGGUAUUGGAUAUGCAAAGACAAACAUAAAGCAAUAUCUUCCCCCAAGUAACUUGUUGGGAGGACAUAAUAAAUUAAAAAAAAGUAGAUAUCUAAUGUAUACAAAGGAACUAAAAUGGUUGUUCUGGGGUGUGUGUAUAAGCAGUGGGGAUUUGCCGGGAGGGACAUUAACAAACUCCUUUUAUGAAACACAUAUGGUGCUGAUGCCUAAACCAGGAAGAGCAAACACAGAAAAAGAAAAUUAUUGGCCAAUUUCAUUAAUGAAAAUUUAGAUAUAAAAAUCCUAAAUUUUCAAAUGUUAAGGAGACUACAACAAUAUAUCAUAAAGAUGAUAUAGGAUCAGAUUAGGAUCAAAUAAGAUUUAUACCAGCUAUACAGGGAUAGCCUAAUAUAAGAAAGACUUAUUAACAUAAUUGAUUAUAUUGGCAAAAAUGUAACACAAAUCAUAUGAUUAUAUAGCUAUAGAAAAGGCUUUUGACAAAACAUACCACUUAUUCCUAUAAAAAGAAUUUGAAGGCAUAGCUAUAAAUGAAUUUUUCCUUAGAAUAACAAGAAAUACAGAUUUAAAAAUCAGGAAACAUUAUCUCUAAUUGGGAUAAGUUAGAAGUCUUCUCUAGAGGAUAAGGAGUGAAAUAAGGAUGCCUGUUAUCACCAAUAUUGUUUAAUAUUAUAUUAGAAAUGCUAGCAAUAGAAAUAAUAGAAGAAAAAGAAAUUGGAGGAAUUAGAAUGGGCAAAGAGAUAAUGAAACUAUGUUUUUCAUAAAUGAUAUAAUGAUACAUAUACAUAAGAUCCUAGAGAUUCAACUAAAAAUAAGUUGAAACUAUCAAUAAUUUUGGCAAAGUAACAGGAUAUAAAAUAAAUCCACAUGAAUAAUCAGCAUUUCUAUAUAUCAUCAAUAACAAACUAACUAUAGAUAGAAUAAAAUACCUAGAAAUAUAUCUGCCAAACAAACCCAGAAACUAUAUAAAUAUACUUGUAAACCACUUUUUAUGCAAAUAAAGUCAGAGAGGGCAUGUUGGUGGCUCAGUGGAUUGAGAAUCAGGCCCAGAAAUGGGAGGUCCUGGGUUCAAAUCUGGCCAUAGACACUUCCUAGAUGUGUGACCCUGGGCAAGUCACUUAACCCCAAUUGCCUUUUAAAAAAGUCAUUUAAAUAAUGGAAGAAAUAUUAAUUGUUCAUGAGUAGGCAGAGUUAAUAUAAUUAAAAUGAUAGUCCUUCUUAAACAAAUCUUUUUAUUCAGUGCCAUUCCACUUAAUUUACCAAAAAUAUUUUAAUGAACUAGAAAGUUAAUAACAAAAUUCACUUGGAAAAAUAAAAGGUUCCAUUAAGGUUUAACCAAUUUAUUAUGUAGCGAUAUCAAGUUGCUAUAUAUUAAUUACUCUCUCUUAGUAUGAAAACUUAAACUCUUUCUGAACUUCUUAAGUUUUCAAUUAUUAGUUCCCUCUUUAGCCACCCUUUAGUCAUCAAGUUCCCCAUCUGAGGUCUUUCCAGUUACAAAAUUGCAAUCUAUAUUCUAUUCUAUCAGGAAUAAGUAACAUAUAAACAGCAAGCUCUGUAUUUACUAUCAGAAAUUGCCAACCACCAGACUUUGCAGGUGAUGGUAGUCUACCUUGGUCUAAUUUGUAUUAAAAAAUCAUGGGACCGAUCAAUCAGAAGUGAAAUGCACCUUUGUUAUACCAGAUCGGGGGUUCCUCUGUAUGACUAUAAAAGAGUUAUUUUUAUAGUCAGAUGGGUUCUUGGUUACCAAGGAGCCUUGGACUCCAUUUAUUGGCAAUUGCUAGCUUUGCUUAUAAAUUGUGUUUAGAAUUUUGCUGCCUCAGUUUACCUGUGACAGUGAG